AUGGUAAGUAACGGAAAGCGAAUUUCUAAAUUUAUGUGUGGCAGUACCGAUUCGGACCGCAGUAAGCCGCUUAGUUCACAGCAUCGCGCUGAUGAGCAGCGCAGUUACAACGAUUUUGGUCGUGUCAGUCUUGAUGAACCGGAUGGUGGCAUCGUAAGCGGUGAUAAAAACUGGACCGACAAUGAACAAAGCAAUACCUAUCUUAACCCGCAAAGUAAUGCAUAUCACAAACCACAAAGCAAUGUUCAUUCACAUAUCAAACCACAAGACAGUGCCGGUCCUAAACCAGCGAGUAUACCCCCGUAUCACAAACUGUCCAGACCCGAAAAGUACCGCCCUAGCCCCGUCAAGCAUAACAUGCAGGUAAUCAGAGGCAAUGCUACUUUCGUACAGCUGUACAAGCAGAGAAAGCAUUUCAAUCAAAUAAUGCGCGCUGCAAAGGACGUGUCAACCAUUUUUAAAUUCCUAACAUGUGUUGUUCUUGACGAGCUCGAUUCUUUAAACUUUUUGAAAGCCGCCAAUACGCUUGCACAAAGCGGUGAGGCACCGCCAGACCUGCUCAGCAUUAUUCUGUACCUGAACCACGUCCUGCACGUAUUUGACCACAGGGAGGAGAUCAUCACGCUCAUAAACACGUUGUACGAUCGGCACAGCGAUUACUUCCUGUACGUGCUCAGGGAUCAUGUGCUGCGUAACGAUGAUGUUAAGGAGGUGCUGGCGGUGGUACAGCACCAGAGUGUGCAUGUGUUUAUGUGUGCACUGGCUGAGAGCAACAAACAAGCGGUUAAUUCGUUCUUUGUGGAUCUGAUGAUCUGUAGGGCACGGAUGGGCAGCGCAAUUUUGCUCAGUAAUGUUUUUAAACUUGUGCGGUACGACCGGCAUGCGCCUAAGAAAUGUGCAUUUGUCGUGUGCACACAUAGAAAACGGUACAACAUCGAUUAUACACCCAUAAUACAGCAUUUGAAGGAUGAAGCGCAUAUGUACACGAAUAUUAACGUGUUGCACGCGCUUAUAAGUAUAGCGGGUGAUGAUGAGCAUGUAGUUGCGUUGAUACACGCCAAAAUGCAUAAAAUGCGUUAUAGAACGAUGAAACGGUAUGGUAUGAGUAUUAAGGUGUUGAUGUGCGUGUUUAUGGCUCGUGAUGUGCGUAAAUCUAAUGAUAUAGCACUUUUUGUUAAUGCGAUGCAUGAAUUGGAAGACCUGAGCGUGAACUUUAAUGAAAGAGAGAAACGGUUGUAUGAUGAGCUGCUUGUGGUAUUGAUGGAGAAUGAGAAGUGUAUGGAUGUGAUGGUUGAGCGGAUGUUGGACCGGGUGUAUGGGCUGGUGGUGCUGAGGAACAAAAGAAGACGAGUCGGAGCAUAUCGUGUCAGUGCAUGUUGCAGGUGUGGCGAAAAAACAUGUGAUGGAAAUGAAAACGAUGAGGGGGUCGGUGUAACUGUAGGGAGUAGAAAGAAUGCGCAAAGAGUGGCACAUGAUGAUACACGGAAUAAUAAAAAACGUAUAAAGGACUGUGUAUGUGAUGAGAUUGGGGAUGAGAAGAAACGGAGAAAAAUAGAAAAAAAAUAA